UGUUUUGAUUUGACCAAAAAGGAGAUUCGAGUAGCUUUCAUUUUUCUUGAUAUCUUGACCGAUGUAUGUUAACAUUUGGAUUAAAUUGAGCAUAUUGUUGAAGUAAAGAGCAAAUUGUUGAAAAGGACCAAACAUUAAGCGCUGAUAAGCAAGAGACAAUAGGAUAGCUAAGAAUUAUUUUAAGCUUUCCACUUGGCACUUGUCUAAGUUACCCUACAGCAUAAGAUCGAUUCAACUUGAGGCUUGAAGCUUGACCAAGGUCCAAAAACCAGCAAAACUCACGAAGAAUAUGUUAUGAAGCUUGGCCAUGGAGGGCAGCGAGUAUGAAAAGCGCUACCAGCGACUCGAUGAACAUCACACUUAUGAAGGCUUCAAUAGAUUGCACGAUGCACCUCGUGUAGGGUUCUCGGGCGAUGGAGGCCUUGGGAGUUCCGAAGAAACACGCACAUCAUCUGACAAUGUCCUGAUGCACCGCGUCCCUGAGAGGGUCAGGGAUUGGCAUCAUGUAGAUGACCUGGACAGCUUCUUCAAACGGAUCUACAGGUACCACCAGAGUAAUGGCUUCACAGUUAUGUUACUGCGCGAUGGGCUAGACCUGGUUCAGUAUCUCUUCAUGGUGUUUUUGACGGUGCUUGUGCUGUGUGGACUCAACUACGAAGUGCUUCUGGGUAGUGAGUCUGUAAGUCUCAACAAGAACAACACCUCAGGCGUGGUAGUCAAGACGACCUUAUCUGAUGGCUUCUACAGUUUUUCUGAGACUCUGUCACGCAUCAGUGUUAUGUUGGGCAUUGUUCUGUUCGCUGCUCUACUCUUCCUCCUUGGACGGCUUGUUUAUACUAUACACAAUGCAACCCAAUACAAGGAUACCAAGGCCUUCUUCUCGAAUGCUCUUAAAAUCCCGGACAGUGCUCUGCAGAAUGUCACUUGGGAUGAAGUAAAGAAACAGCUCAUGGAAGUUCAGUUGCAACAACGAAUGUGUGUCCAUAAAGACAUCCUUACCUCCCUGGACAUUUAUCAGCGCAUCCUGCGUCACCAGAACUACAUGGUGGCGCUUGUCAAUCAAGGCAUCAUUCCGGUGCGUUUCAACCUCCCCUUCUACGGCGAGAUGGUCUUCUACACUAAAGGCUAUGAAUUUAACUUGCAGCUGUUGCUCUUCUGGGGCCCACUGUCUCUCCUUCAAAGCAUCACGCCCGAGUCGCUACGACAGCCUCACAGAAAGAAAGAGAUUAUUGCCAGCUUUGAAAAGAAGAUUGUUUACUUGUCCAUCAUCAACUUUUUCAGUAUGUUUUUUGUUUUUGUCUAUCAGGUUCUAUAUUCGCUUUACCAUAACGUUGAGCGAGUGAAAAACGAACCAGGGUCUUUAGCAGGUCGCUGCUGGUCCCAGUACGGUAGAAUUUAUCUGCGCCACUACAACGAACUUGACCAUGAGUUAAACUCGCGACUGAACCGUGCUUAUAAACCUUCAAUGGCCUACCUUAACAGCUUCUCUUCUCCUGCUUUAUCGGUCAUUGCAGGCACUCUUGUGUUUAUAGCAAGUGCAAUAUUUGCCGUAAUUGUUGCGAUCUCGCUGUUUGAUGACGACUUCCUUCGCGUUGAACACGUCAUCAAUUUGCUUGCCGUUUCUGUGAUCGUUAUCGCCGUUUGCAGAAAUUUCAUCCCUGAUGAGAACCUUGUAUGGGUGCCUGAGAUGUUGAUGGAGCGCAUAGUCACUCAGAUUCAUUAUCUCCCUGAGUCUUGGACCGGAAGGUUCCACACGACGCAAGUACGAGAUGAAUUCUCGCGCCUCUUUCAAUAUAAAUUUGUUCACCUGCUUGAAGAACUCAUAUCACCUCUGUUCGUCCCUUUUAUUUUGUUCUUCAGUUUGCGUCACCGUGCCAAGGAAAUAGUGGAUUUCUUCCACAUGUUCACUGUGUCUGUGGAAGGUAUUGGUGACGUGUGUUCUUUCGCACAAAUGGACAUCAAGCAACACGGUAGUCCGAAUUGGCAGCCUGACGUGCGCAAGGCCAACGAUGGUGAAGAGACCAACCCUGAACAAAGGCUCUAUGCACCCGAUAAAGGUCGCACGGAACUCUCCCUCAUGCAUUUUGCCCUCACUAAUCCUGACUGGCAACCACCAAAAAGUGGGGCUGCUUUCCUCACGGCGGUGAAACAGCGCCCGCAUCAGGAAUGCCACGGCUUGACUGCAGUAGCCGAAACAGACCUGGCGCACUCCAUCAACUCGCUUAAUCUCACGGGUCAGGACAGGAUCGCCCACUGGAUGGCGCCUACAGUUUUUGGCACGCGAAAUGUGGCUGGUCCAUCUGAGACUGGUUAUGUUGCUCGUGGUUUCAACGGCGGGGUUGCCCAUGUGGAAGGUCCCAUGCAGAGUUCCGUCCUUAGUGGGGCGCCGUCCCUACAAGGAUCGUUACAUCAGUCAAGCCUGGAGAUGGCAGCAAGCAUCCAUCCAGCGCUGGGCCAUUUAGAUGAUGGAAAUAACUCUUUUACUCAAUGGCUACCUCAAACUCAGACUGUUUACGAUAUGGGCAUGAGCUGUCUUUAUCUCAGGGGUCUCUCCAACAGAAGGCGGCAUCAAAAUCAGUAUUAUGAUGAAUACGGGUCCGGUGCUUAUCGGGAUCCCAGAAGCGAUGCUGGCACCGGAGCUGGGCACCCUUUUCAGUCACAAGAGUCGUCGAUUUACGAUCCUCGAAGUAGAAUGUACCAACGUACCCCAUCUCCUCCUGCCAUGGAUCCAUUCCGUGAUGCCAUGGUCUCACACCUUGGCUCCUCUGCGCAGCUGCCUUCUGGCUCCAUUUCCUCUCAGUAUCAAGAGAUGUUACACGGAGCUUCUGACAUGAUCCAACAGCAGCGUUCUCAAACGCAUGCUCCACAGCAACCUCCUCCUCCUACUCUGGAGCAGCCUGGCAGCGCUGCAGGAAUGUCCGAUGACACGCCUCUCCUCCGCCCCAAUCGGAGAUGAUUCUCUCCGCAAAAUAAAUCUAAUUAAUUCAGUUCAAUGAACUUUAGCUUUUAGACACAGACUUGUAUGUACCAGCUGUAUUUUUAUCCUCGACUUGGUAAUGUUGGAUUUUACAAUGAUUUACAAUCUUGCAUAAAGUAAUUGCUACAAGUUUAUUCAAACAUUGAAGUUUGACAUAUUGUGAAGAUUUCCUAAUCCGUGUAGUGAGUGUCUCAUCAUUUCAGCCAUACUAAUAAUAAUAAUAUAGUUUUGGUUCGAGUCAGACAUCUAUGAAUGACGUAGCCCAUAUUUUAGACCUAACGAUACUUGUAUUUUAACUGAAACCGAACCGAAUGUGUUUGUCAUAAUGUUUAAGAUAUAGCAAUAUAAGAGGUUCUCAACAGGAACUUAUUUUAGAGCGGCCUCAUUGGCUGCUAAUGUUUCAAGCCCAUUGUGUUCGUAUUGCUCGUCAUCUGCAUCAUGUAUCUCAAUUGAGUCUCGUAUAUUUUGUUCUGUGAGGAAGGGCUGAGAU